UGCGCAUGCUCGGCGCCCACUCCGCGGCCGGGACCCCGCGCGCCCGGGCGUCUGCAGUUCGGCCCUGCGCCCCAGCCUGGGCAUCCCGCUCUCGGCCAUGACGGCUCAUUCCUUCGCCCUCCCGGUCAUUAUCUUCACCACGUUCUGGGGCCUCAUCGGCAUCGCCGGGCCCUGGUUCGUGCCGAAAGGACCCAACCGCGGAGUGAUCAUCACCAUGCUGGUAGCCACCGCAGUCUGCUGUUACCUCUUCUGGCUCAUCACUAUCCUGGCUCAGCUGAACCCCCUUUUCGGGCCGCAGCUGAAGAACGAGACCAUCUGGUACGUGCGCUUCCUGUGGGAGUAACCACUGGCACUUCGGCCCCAGGU